CCAAUAUUCAGUAAGUUGAAAAUAGUCAAAGUCUCAACGUCGCGUCGGCCUUUCAGAAAUGAAUCGAGUAGAGAGAAACUGCCUUGCAGAAGUUCUUAAGCUAUACAAGAAUAACCCAAUAUUGUGGAAUAAAAAGGAUCCGUACUACAAAAAGCCCGAACUUCGAAAUGAGGCUUAUCAUAUUUUGCUGGAGAAAUACAACACGGUGUACGUUGGUCGCGGAAUGAAGAAUUUGAAAAAAAAAAUUGACUGCAUGAGAACAUCAUGGCUACGAGAGAAGAAAAAGGUGGAGGAGUCCCGGCGACGCGGGGACAACCCGGUGUACACGCCGACGCUGUGGUUCUACAAAAUGCUGGACUUCCUCGACCCCAACUUCGAAGAUUCUGUAGCUGAGUACACUGACUCCGAAAACACCUUCGAUAAUGAGGUCGAAUAUCUGGAACCUCUCGAAAGCGACGAUGACGAGUACGAGCCGGAAGAGAAGAAACCAAACAUUGAGCAUACAUUUGAAAUUGAACCGAGACUUUUACCGAAAUACAGACAAAAUAGGAAGAGUGAUGAUUACGAUCCCCUCGACGGGCCGGUGUCUAAUGAAGCUCGAGGCAGGGCGGAAUCCGAGGCGUUUGGUAAAAUUGUUGGUCUCCAGCUGUUGGAAUUGGACAGGUAUCAGCGGUCAGUAGCACAGAAACUCAUCUCUGACGUCAUAUUCUAUGCCCGACUGAACAAACUUUCCGACAAAUCUUUUUUGUCUAUCUAAGUUUGGGACUUGCAUCCUAAAACUAAACUGUCUACUAAGUACUAGUACUAGGCACUUUAUUUGAUGAAGAUGAUGUGAAGACGUGAAUUUAUGUGAUUUGUGACUUUGUGAGUAAUAAAAAUUACAAUAAAGACAGUUACGGUUAACUGAUUUGGAGAUAUUUUGACCUUGUUUGUUUUUUAAUUUAGAAGUUCUAUUUUUGAACAGAAUGUGCAGAUGUGUUUAUAAAAAAAUAAAUUAAAGGGUACUCUUUCAUUUA